AUGAAAGUCUUUGCGCUCUGCAGGUACUACUUGUGUUUGCAGCUGCGGAAGGACAUCAAGAACGGCCGCCUGCCCUGCUCUUUCGUGACCCUGGCCCUGCUGGGAUCUUACGCCCUGCAGUCUGAGCUGGGCGAGUACGACCUCGAGGUUCACGGCACCGACUAUGCCAAGGAGCUCCAGCUUAUCCCAGGACAGACCAAGGAGCUGGAGGAGAAAGUCAUGGAGCUUCACCGCACAUACAGAUCUAUGAGUCCGGCUCAGGCUGAUAUGAUGUUCCUGGAGAAUGCUAAAAAACUGGCCAUGUAUGGGGUUGAUCUCCAUCAGGCAAAGGAUCUGGAUGGAGUGGAUAUAAUGCUGGGUGUUUGCUCCAGUGGCCUGAUGGUGUAUAAGGACAAGCUGAGGAUUAAUCGAUUCCCCUGGCCAAAGGUUCUCAAAGUCUCCUACAAACGCAGCAGUUUCUUCAUCAAGAUACGGCCAUCUGACCUGGAACAUUACGAAAGUGCCAUUGGCUUUAAACUGCCCAACUACAAGGCCGCCAAGAAACUGUGGAAAGUGUGUGUGGAGCAUCACACAUUCUUCAGGUUGACGUCCACAGAAGCGGCCACCACUCCCAGGAAGUUUCUGGCUCUGGGAUCGAAGUUCCGCUACAGCGGCCGAACUCAAGCCCAGACCCGCCAGGCCAGCUCCAUGAUCGACAGACCCGCUCCGCAUUUCCAGCGCUCCGCCAGUAAGAGGGCGUCUCGCAGCUUAGAUGGAGCCAUGGUCUCGACCCCAGAUAAGAACGCCCGUCCCGUCAGCGCUCCCAUCAUGUCUCCCAUCUCCCCAGGCGACAUGGCUCCUUCCCCAGUAGCAUCUGCCGCCCGCACUGACCGUAAAGAGACAUCCACGCCCACGGGCCGUCCACGCUCCACUGAGAGGAAGAGUGAGGUGAAGGCAGAGGCCCAUAUGACAGAUGGCUCCAAAACACACAGCACCAAAGCAGAGGGCACACCUGAAAUCAAGACGGUAGCCCGGCGAGAACGGCGACACCGUGAUGCCCCGGUGGUGACGGCCACCAAUGGGGAGAGAAAGAGCCAGUCGCCACGGGCGGACACAGAGAUGGUGCGCAUGAGGAAGAAAAGAGCUAAGAAAAUUGAGGGUGAAACUGUUUAUAUCAGACAUAGCAAUUUAAUGUUGGAGGACGUGGAUAAGACACAGACAGAAAUCAUGCGUCAUCACACCAGUAUCAGCGAGCUCAAGCGGAGCUUCAUGGAGUCGGUGCCCGAGCCCAGGCCCAGCGAGUGGGACAAGCGUCUGUCCACCAACUCGCCCUUCCGGACCGCCAGCAUCAACGGCCAGCUGCAGCCCGAUUCUCCUGUGGUGAAGACGAAAACGAUCACCAUUUCUGAUGUCACCAACUCCCUUCGCAGCGAAAUCGCCAGCAAGGACAUCCCGAUUGUGCAUACAGAGACCAAGACCAUCACAUAUGAGUCUGCACAGCCCAACGCGCUUUCAGAGAAGGAGUCCGGGAUGCUGUUGAGUGCUCAGACCAUCACCUCAGAGACCGUCAGCACCACCACCACCACCCAGAUCACCAAGAUGGUGAAAGGCGGGAUCUCAGAGACCCGUAUCGAGAAGAGAAUCGUGAUCACUGGAGACACUGAGAUUGACCAUGAUAAGGCUCUUGCUCAGGCUAUAAAGGAGGCGAAGGAGCAGCACCCUGACAUGUCUGUGACUAAAGUGGUGGUGCAUCAGGAAACAGAGAUCACCCCUGAGUAACUCCUGCGUGAGACACAGG